AUGCUGCAAGAGAGAAAAGAAUAUCUUAGUGAAGCGUGGAAGGAUGGACUCUUCAUUCUGUUCUGUACAGGUGGUGCUGGUUCCAUCUGCAGUGCUCAGACGAGAGCUCUGGUUCAUCUAGGCGCAUCUGCUGCCAUCAUUGGCCGCAACAAAGAGAAGACGGAGCGAAUGGCCGCCGAUAUUGCUACAGCCCGUCCUGGCGCUCGUGUACUCGCCAUCGCUGGAGUCGACGUUCGCGACCCCAAGGCUCUGCAAGAUGCUGCAGAUAAAACUGCCAGGGAACUGGGUGGCAUAGACUUUGUCAUUGCUGGUGCAGCAGGCAACUUUCUGGCACCAAUGUCACAGCUCAGUGCGAACGCUUUCAAGUCCGUUAUUGACAUCGAUGUCCUCGGUAGCUACAACACCGUCAAAGCGACCUUGCCCUACCUUGUCCAGAGCGCCAAGAGCAGCACUGUAGGUGCGACACACCCGAGCAUCGGUGGUAGAAUCAUCUUUGUCUCGGCAACAAUCCACUAUACCGGUCUACCUUUGCAGACUCAUGUUUCAGCCGCCAAAGCAGCCGUCGAUUCUCUGUCGAAUGCGGUUGCCAUUGAAUAUGGGCCGCUGGGCAUCACAAGUAAUGUCAUCGCACCUGGCCCAAUCGGUGGCACAGAGGGCAUGGAACGAUUGGCUAAGAGUGACCCGGAGAGCGUUGCAAAGUCAGCAAAGAGGGUGCCAUUAGGACGGCUGGGCUCGGUCAAGGACAUCGCAGAUGCGACCGUCUAUCUGUUCUCUGAUGCCGGCAACUUUGUCAAUGGCUCGACAGUGGUGGUGGACGGAGGCAGCUGGAGAGUAAAUGCUGGCGGACCGGGCUCUACUUGGGAAUAUCCGGACUUCAUCCUGAGUGGAGCGACUGUUGAAGGAGUCAAGGGCGGCAAGGCCAAGCUGUAG